CUGAUCUUCGAGCAUUACCCAAGAUGUUGCGGGAAAGGCAGCGUCCUCCUACCUCUAGUCCUUCGCCAUUUUCCAACACCUACAUCAGUGACAAUUGUGACCCUCCCAAAUGGAGAUGCUUCCUGAAGGGUGUGUCUCAUAAUCACCUCAUGAUCACACUCAUUCCAGCCUCAUACCAUGACUUGAAGUCUUUGUUAGUCAAACGUGCCAAUUUAUCUGAUGGAGAGAAUUUGGCAGUCAAAGUCAUCCCUGACUCAGAGAACACUCUUGAUCUUGACACUGAAACCAACACAACUGAUCAGCCCAUUGGAGGGCCCAUGUCAGAACAGCAGGUUUCUUUUGAGAGCAGCACAUCAUCUUUAACCCACCUCACAUCACCUAGUCUUCCCCCUCCAACUCCAACCAAUAGCAAGUCAAAUGGUCCUGCAGUUGAGGAAACAGAUGGCCUUCCACCUAGGAUGCGUUAUAGGUCAGGGCCAGUAGUAACAACACAGUCUCAACCAACCCAUCCAGUUUUUUCUGAUUCAGUCUUGAGGGAAAGGGCCAGUUCCUUUCAUGUCAACAGAGAACGAUGUAGUUCCUUUGGCCAGGGAUCUUUAGCUCCUGAACGCAGUAGGACUGGAUCAGUGGACUCCCCCACUAAGGAUCCUCAUAGUGACCUGACCGUCACCGAGUCGCCCAAAGAUCCCGUUAAGAGACGCUACGUAUCGAUGCCUUCCAAAUCGCUGCCAGGAUUCAGUGAUCCUUCUGUGAAGAGUAUGUCCAGUGAAGCCCUCAGAAACGAUGAUGGGUGUGUCCCUCUUCACUUGAGGAAUACUGGAGCAGAAGUGGAAUCUGUUGGAAGAGGGCCAAGUACUGAAGAGAGCCAGAGUGCAGUCCCUCCUUCUCCCUGCCACAAGUUUCUGUUUGGGGCUGUUACUCUGCCAAUCUAUGUUUAUGACUGCAAGCUCAACAGCAUUAUUACUCAACUGGUGAACAGGGAAGAGAGGUCAUAUGUUGUUGGGAAAGACAUUUUUAUGGAUUCAACCUUUAAACUUGAGCAUGAUCUUAUAGAGGACACUGUUCCUCUAAAAGAUGAAGAGUUACCAUCUUUGAGUGGCAUUCAGGAUGACAACAAACUCCCCAGUCCAGAACCUCGGUCUGAGGAAUCAGAUGUUGGAGUCGAUUCUAGUUUUCCGCGAACUCACGUUGGGGCCGUUGAAGUGUGUCAUCUUCGUAGCUUUGUGUUGGGUGUAUUUCAGUCAUUGCAAAAAGAACUGAUGAUCCACAAACAGGAUAUGGAGGCUGCAUUAAACCAUUGCCAUGAAGCUGUUAUGGAAAUUGAAAUAUCUCAUUUCCUUCAGACAAUAUGCGGGCAUCUUCGAGACUUCAGACUAAGAAGUAACAUCGAGCAAUUGCAUCAUUCCCAUUCUGCUACUCCCAAGCCUCAAGAUGGUGGGGAGGAGGAUGUGAAUGGCAGAGAAAAGGCUACUGAUCGGGUUGAUGACGAGGUCCCUAGCAGACCGAAGCCAGUUCCAAGCACAAGAUUUCCGUUGUCACUCCUGAAGCAACAUCUGCCUUGCAGAGACCUCCAGCAGUUGCAUUCUAUGAUCAAGGAGAGAUUUUCUGGGAUUCUUCAAGGUUCCUUUAGGCCAGUGCCAUCUCUUCCAGAAUACUACUUCUUUUCCCCUCAGUCUCUUCACCGUUCAAACGAGAUUUUUAAUGAUCUUUUGGAGGAUGAAAAGAAAUUAGCUACUGAAUAG